GGCUGAAUGUCAGUGCGGGGCUGUGGGCCGGGGAAGAAGGUGGUUGGCGGUCCCUUCACCAUCUCCGCGGCUUGUACUGCUGCCGCGGGCUCACGGUCGCUGGGCCGCUGGGGCAUGAGAUCGUAAGGCGAGCGACGGGCCGGGGCCGCCGACAUGUUUGGCCGCUCGCGGAGCUGGGUGGGCGGGGGCCAUGGCAAGUCUUCCCGCAACAUCCACUCCUUGGACCACCUCAAGUACCUGUACCAUGUUUUGACCAAAAACACCACAGUCACAGAACAGAACCGGAACCUGCUAGUGGAGACCAUCCGCUCCAUCACCGAGAUCCUGAUUUGGGGAGAUCAGAAUGACAGCUCUGUGUUUGACUUCUUCCUGGAGAAGAACAUGUUUGUUUUCUUCUUGAACAUCCUGCGGCAGAAAUCUGGCCGCUAUGUAUGUGUUCAGCUGUUGCAGACCUUGAACAUCCUCUUUGAGAAUAUCAGUCACGAGACCUCACUUUAUUAUUUGCUCUCUAAUAACUAUGUAAAUUCUAUCAUUGUCCAUAAGUUUGACUUCUCCGAUGAAGAGAUUAUGGCAUAUUAUAUAUCAUUCCUGAAAACACUUUCAUUAAAACUCAACAACCACACUGUCCAUUUUUUUUACAAUGAGCACACUAAUGACUUUGCCCUGUACACAGAAGCCAUCAAAUUUUUUAAUCACCCUGAAAGCAUGGUUAGAAUUGCUGUAAGAACCAUCACUUUGAACGUCUACAAAGUGGAUAACCAGGCCAUGCUACACUAUAUCAGAGAUAAAACUGCUGUCCCUUACUUCUCCAAUUUGGUCUGGUUCAUUGGGAGCCACGUGAUCGAACUUGAUAACUGUGUGCAGACUGAUGAGGAGCACAGGAAUCGGGGAAAACUGAGUGACCUGGUGGCUGAGCACCUGGACCACCUGCACUAUCUCAAUGACAUCCUGAUCAUCAACUGUGAGUUCCUCAAUGACGUGCUCACAGACCACCUGCUCAACAGACUCUUCCUGCCCCUCUAUGUGUAUUCACUGGAGAACCAGGACAAGGGAGGAGAACGGCCAAAAAUCAGCCUGCCAGUUUCACUCUAUCUGCUGUCCCAGGUCUUCCUCAUUAUACAUCAUGCACCCCUGGUGAACUCGUUAGCCGAAGUCAUUCUCAAUGGUGAUCUCUCUGAGAUGUACGCUAAGACUGAACAGGAUGUUCAGAGAAGUUGUGCCAAGCCCAGCAUCCGGUGCUUUAUUAAACCCACCGAGACACUCGAGCGGUCCCUUGAGAUGAAUAAGCACAAGGGCAAGCGGCGGGUGCAAAAGAGACCUAACUACAAAAAUGUUGGGGAAGAAGAAGAUGAAGAGAAAGGGCCUACUGAGGAUGCCCAAGAAGAUGCUGAGAAGGCUAAAGGUACAGAGGGUGGUUCAAAAGUCAUCAAGACAAGUGGGGAGAGUGAAGAGAUAGAGAUGGUGAUCAUGGAGCGCAGCAAGCUCCCAGAGUUGGCAGCCAGCACCUCCAUGCAGGAGCAGAAUACCACGGACGAGGAGAAGAGUGCCGCCACAGGCUUGGCGAGCAUGCAGUGGAGCAGGCCCUUCCUGGACAUGGUGUACCAUGCCCUGGAUAGCCCAGAUGAUGACUACCACGCUCUCUUCGUGCUCUGCCUACUCUAUGCCAUGUCUCACAACAAAGGCAUGGAUCCUGAAAAACUAGAGCGAAUCCAGCUCCCAGUGCCCAGUGUGGCUGAGAAGAGCAUUUACAACCACCUACUGGCUGAAAGACUCAUCAGGAUCAUGAACAACGCUGCCCAGCCAGAUGGGAAGAUCCGGUUGGCGACACUGGAGCUGAGCUGCCUGCUCUUAAAGCAGCAAGUUGUGACUGCCACAGGCUGCAUCAUCAAGGACGUGCACCUGGCCUGUCUGGAGGGCGCAAGGGAAGAAAGCGUUCACCUAGUACGGCACUUUUAUAAGGGAGAAGAAAUUUUUUUGGACAUGUUUGAAGACGAGUACAGGAGCAUGACAAUGAAGCCAAUGAACGUGGAAUACCUCAUGAUGGAUGCCUCCAUCCUGCUGCCCCCCACGGGCACACCACUGACAGGCAUUGACUUUGUGAAGCGGCUGCCAUGUGGUGACGUGGAGAAGACCCGGCGGGCCAUCCGGGUGUUCUUCAUGCUCCGUUCCCUGUCACUGCAGCUGCGAGGGGAGCCCGAGACCCAGUUGCCACUGACACGGGAGGAAGACCUGAUCAAAACCGAUGACGUCCUAGAUCUCAACAACAGCGAUCUGAUCGCGUGCACAGUGGUCACCAAGGAUGGCGGCAUGGUCCAGCGAUUCCUGGCCGUCGAUAUUUACCAGAUGAGUUUGGUAGAACCCGACGUGUCCAGGCUUGGCUGGGGAGUGGUCAAGUUUGCAGGCCUCCUACAGGACAUGCAGGUGACUGGUGUGGAGGAUGACAGCCGUGCCCUGAAUAUCACCAUCCACAAGCCUGCAUCGAGCCCCCACUCCAAGCCUUUCCCCAUCCUCCAGGCCACCUUUGUCUUCUCGGACCACAUCCGCUGCAUCAUUGCCAAGCAGCGCCUGGCCAAGGGCCGCAUCCAGGCGAGGCGCAUGAAGAUGCAGAGGAUAGCUGCCCUCCUGGACCUUCCGAUCCAGCCAACCACUGAAGUCCUAGGAUUUGGACUCGGCUCCUCCUCUUCCUCCCAGCACCUGCCUUUCCGAUUCUAUGACCAGUGCCGCCGAGGCAGCAGUGACCCCACAGUGCAGCGCUCUGUGUUCGCGUCCGUGGACAAGGUGCCAGGCUUUGCCGUGGCCCAGUGCAUAAACCAGCACAGCUCACCAUCCCUGUCCUCGCCUUCGCCAUCUGCCAGCGGGAGCCCCAGCGGCAGCGGGAGCACCAGCCACUGCGACUCAGGAGGAGCCAGCUCAUCAUCCACCCCCUCUGUUGCCCAGAGUCCAUCAGAUGACCCCAUGACCCUGGAACAGCCUCAGCCUAACCUUCCCGACCAGUUGGUGAUCGUCAAUGAAAUGGAAGCAGACGCCAGGCCCAGCAAGAGCCUGGCAAGGAGUGUGGACAUGGAGACAGUCAGCCUGUCCCCCAGCCUCACCCCAGCCCAGCAGCCCACCAUCUCCCUGCUCUGUGAGGACACUGCCGACACGCUGAGCGUAGAGUCGCUGACCCUCGUCCCACCUGUUGACCCCCACAGCCUCCGUACCCUGGCAGGCGUCCCCCCCACACCCGCACUAGCCACGGAGGGCACAGUGACCCCAGGCGAGGAGGUUGCGUACCCGGAGCCAGCAGGCCCCAUUGAGCACUAAAUGGGGGCUAAGCAGCCUCCCUUUGUGCAUGUGGCCCCGCUGGUAGGGACCCAGUGCCACUGACUCCAAAGACACACUGGGAGCAUCUGCAGUGACCGCCUUCACCACCCUCCCUUGUGCUCCUUGACACCAUUUGAAUUCCUCUUUCACCUUGCACUUCUUUGAGAGCAGCUGGGCCUGGUGGAGACACCCCAGCACACCCAGAGGGCUGAGGCGGCCCCUCAGGAGAGAGGCUGGGUUCCUGAUCUCUGAGCCCCGCAGCCCCCGGGGGGCAGGACCCGUCGGCACAAGUUCCUUCAUCAGCCAGCCCUCCCCAGGCUCACAGCUCCUCUGUACCAUCCCCAAUGUGGACAGAAGACGUGGACAAGGUCACUUUAGGUAGAAGUUUGUAGAAAAGCAAACUUUGAUAAACAUCUCCUUUGGGUAUUUAUUUCCGCUUUUGGCAGCAACUGAAAAGCAUUUAUUUAAAAAGCAUCUAUUUUUUAAAAGACAAAGUCCAAAAAAACCCUCAGUGCUAAGGUUUGAUGUCAUGUAAAAAGUGUAAGAUUACUGUUAAGAUUUCAUUUUCAUUUUCCCUUGAACUUCCCAGUGUUUUGGUUUAGAGUUCUCAGUCUGGCGUUCUCUGUUUUCGUAAACGAUUCUUCUUUAUUGCUCACUAACUCUGCAGGCCUGUGGGAUGAUGAAGUACCUUCCUGGAAAGUUUAGAGUAUUUUUUAGACAAAACAAGGAAGAUACAUGCAUUCUCAGGUGCACACAGAGGGGAGAGCUGGACGUUUCUCUGCUGUGCCAGCCGAGGGGCCUUGCAUUCGUUACCUGAAAGAUCUUUUUGUGAAAGCGGGUCAUGCAGUCAGCCCCUGGCUCAGGGCCCGUUCCUCGUCUCUCUUGACUGGAAGCAAACGGGACUAUUUCUCAGUGUCACCUGUGGUUGCUGCCAUCUCCGUUGGUCUGCGAGAGUCGUUUGGGACUAUGAAGGCCCCAACCCCAGUGGCUGCGAUGGGAGCAAAGGCCGCGGCGGCCAUCCUCUGUGUCGCCUGCCACUCAGCCCUGCGCCCCUCCUCUCUGCUGCUGCCACAAGGACACAGCUUGUUUUUAAAAUGAACCCCCGGCCCAAUUUCUUCUCCCUCUGGGCUGGGUGUGCAGGGGCCAGUUCUCCACCAUGUCCAGUAAAGCAGCCAAAGUGUUCCUUUCUACUUGGCGCAGCCAAGCGACCCUCCCGUCCUUCUGGUCCCUGCUAAGACCUUCCACAACUUUCCUCCGUGUGUCCCCCAGGACACAGCAUACACAGCGUCAGUAUCGGCCGGGCCCAGUUACUGGGUGUCCCUGGAAGACGCUCCGAGUACUCAUCAUCCACCUACCAGAGGACACCACCCUCACCGUCUCCCUCAACCCAGCUGUCACCGCAGGGCCUGCCAGGCCAGGUUUAGGCCUCCUGAAGCAAAAACACAUUUCCUGCGGAGGAGGGGGAGCAGUGCCCAGGGGACAGGGCUCCAGUCAUCAGAAGCCCUCCAGGCCGCUGUGCCCGCCAGUCCUUGGUCUGGUUUUCAGAUGAUUCCAGGACAGCAGGAAUGAAAAGACAAGUGACUUCCCAGGCCAGUGGCAUUACUGUGAAGAACAAGCCCACGCAGGUGGACCCAGGCCCUCCCCGGGGCCCACCACACACUGUCUGAAAUCCAGUGGUUCCAGGUGGUUCCGUGGCCUCAGAGCACUGAGGGAGAAGGUCUUGGGCAGGGGGGACAGCAUGUCCCAGGAAGUGGAGUGGUACCCUAUGACCCGUGGGUCCUUAGACCCAGAUCUCUGCGGUCAGCCUCAGCCAACCCAUCCAGCCCCCCACCUCCACGUCCCUAGAGGAGGAGGGGCUGGGGUUGGUCUCACCCUCCCUGAGUCCACACUGGGUCCCUUGGGCUUGCCAAGACAGGGGCCAGGGUUGAUACAUGAACCCCCAAACUUCAGCUUUGAAAGCUGCUGUGGAGAAGAGAAUGUCCUUCCUGGUUUGAGUAAGGAUGCGUCUUCCCAAAGGUCAGAUGGAGUCAGCCCAAGGAGCUCCUCAGGGAGGAGCAGGGGCAGCAGCCCCAAAGCCACCGGGAGGAGGUGGGGCAGAUGCCGCCAUCCCAGGGAAGGGUGCCGGGGAGGGUCCCCUCACCGCCAGCAGGCCUCCCUCACUCCCCUUCCCCUCCGUCAAGCCUGUGCUGCUCUGUGCUCUCUGCAGAAGGCAGCUUCCCGCCUAAACACUGGCAUUAACAAGUGACUGGGGCGAGUGAAGAAACUCACCCCUUCACAGACAUACACGAGAUUUCUCCAAGGUCUCAAGAUGCACUGUUUAAAAAAAGAAAAAAGAAAAAAAAAGGCAUGGGGUGAACUGAGUCUCAUCUUCUUUUCUAGAUGCAAUAAGAAAUAUUUCGUGUAGUCAUGUCAACACUGGGCAUAAACUAUAAGCGUUCCUGUUCCUAAUGUUCCUCUGAGCUGAAAAUAUGUAAAUCUUGUCUCAAGGAGGAGCAGCACUAGGAAACCUCAUGCUUUGGGGUUGAGGGACCGUUCCAGGGAAGAACUGCUUACCAGUGUGACUCAUGCUUCAUGGGUACUGUACACCAGGGUGGAAACAAAAACUGGAACUUCCUUGUAAAUUGUUACUUGGCAAUAAAAGAGAA